AAUGGAAUCAUCUGUAUUUUCGUCGCUGUGACCGUAUUAACAACGCCGCACUAUAGUUUUUCCAAUCCUCGAGGCCUUCUUGCUCGUUCUGCCUUUCUGCCUCAGGCUUGGCUUCGUCCUCGGAGCACCCAAGAAAACAUGCUCAGUGGCUCACCAUCAGUGCACCCUAUUUCCGUGCCACUCUGAGCACAAUGUUGGUAUUGGCAUAUGAACCGUAGCCAUACUCCACUAUCAGUAUAUCACUAUCCGUAACAUUACCCCUACAGCGCAGAAAGGGACAGUAUCGUAGACAUAUAUGGUGAAGUGAAAACAAAGCAACCAAGAAUUCCAUCACGAUUGUUCAGAUUUGGGACUCGUAUAACAGGCUGCUGGACGCCUUGAGGUGAUAACAUGUAACGCGGGGCGCCACCUAAUAAGAGUCCCUAUCGAUUCAUUCUUGUGUGCGAUAUCAGAUGUGAAGUGUCAUCGACUAGAUCUGCGUGGAUAGAUAUGAAAACAACCAUGAAGACACCGUACAGCACUCUGGUCCUUGCAUUGUGCGUCCAUAUGCGAAAUGAAAAAGUUUUGAGACAAAGGCAGGCCUACAAGGCCCAAAGCAAGAAGUGUGUGAGCGCGGUCAUGAGGAUGCCUCGAGGUGGACAUAAACAGAAUAUGACAAGGUUUGCGAUUUCGUGUUCGUAUUUCAAUUUGUCCUACUAUAACACUGAAGGUUUUGUGAAUGAACGCUUCUCGCACAGAUCCGAACAGGUUAUGAGCGAAUCGAUCGUUAAACGAUGGGAGUUCAAGAUCAGAAUGGUGACAAUUUUGAGAUGGGGCAGUGUACGCAGCUCGGUAAUCUCUUACUGUGACUGCAGAAUUGAUAACCUUGCAUGGGCACGUGCUGCAAACGCGAUCGCAGAAAAUUAAUUCUUUCAGUUACACAACGUGCUGUCCAUUGUGGGCAAAGCAUGUUUGUGCGAAAGAACAACAAACGAAGAUCGACCUUUCAUAUAACGACCGAUAGACGUCGAGAUGCGAUCUGUUGAUAAGAAAUGUGUCUGGGCGUCUUGAAAACCGGUGAAUCAGCCC